AUGGGUAACAAGAAGUGGACAACAAAGGAACAGGCAGCACUCCUGGAGACGUUCCUCCCAGAUUACCAUGAAUGUAUCCCCACCAAGAAUUACGACCCUGUAUUGAACAAAGCCUCACUGGAGUUUUUCCAGCAUUGGCCGGAGCGCAGUGUGGUCUUCCCAGACAUCCCAGCCGACCAGGCACUGUCGGUCCAGCAAACUAAAAUUCUAGCAGAAGCGGUCGAUACUCGGAAACUGCAAAUCACGCGUUGGUACCGGUGGAUGACCAACGUGUCACGCUUGAGCCGUACAAGUGGGACACGGGGCGUGCUCAAACUUGAUGCGGUGUUGGGAGGUGGGGUGACCAAAAGACAUGCACCCCGAAAGAUGCACAUCUAUUCGCGUGAGCACUAUAGUAAGAAGGUUAAGAUAGACGCAGACAAUGCCAUUCGCACGGACAACAUCACUAACCGUGGUCCAAAGCUGAACAAGCGUUUGGCUGUCACUCAGGAAAAGUUUGAGGCAGAGAGUGACGAGGUAGAAAGGGCAUAUCAAGAAGCAAAAGCGAAGUUUGCCAGAGAUCGCGAGCGCCUGAAGGCUGGUAAGAUGCCAAAGGUCAAUGAAGAGGCAAAAGUCAAGGCCAUUCGGGAACUAGGACCGAUGUUGGACCGCGUGUUCCGUUACAUAUCUCACGCGACCGGUGGCUGGAAGUUUUCGGUCCUCAUGGCAGGGCUUGAUCCGACGAAGGGUGGGACGGUGGUUUAUGAUUAUCACAUAGGUGAACUCGACCAUGGCGUUCAGUUCAAUACAUUUUGCGACAAGUUUAAUGUCGUCCAGGAAGCGUUUUUGGACUUUACUAACCAAGCGCUUAUAUUUGAAGCCAGUCUCCCUCAAGACGAUGACGAGGAUGAGAGCGACGACGAUAUCGACAAUAACUCUGAGAUGGACGACAUCCCAACCAAUGCAAUCAAUGGCAUAGAUGAAGCUGGCAGUGGUAGUGGUACGGCCGUGGGUGAAAUCAACGACCCAGCCUUUCACACGGAUAGUUUGUAUCGCAUGUCACCUGAUUCAGAGUCACAGCUUCAAGGUCAGCGUUCUGCAUUACACAAUGAUUUUGGUUCAAUGGAGGCAGGGUUAGAUGGGGUGACUCAGUGUUCUGCGUUACCCCACCAACUUGAUUUCCAACAUCACGACCUCGAUUUUAACCAGCUGGGCUUAAACAACGACACUUUGGCUUUAAUGGCCCUCAACGGUGCUCAGUUCCAAGCGCCUCUCGCCCCGAACUUCGUGAACACCACGGAGAAUCACACCACUGGCCGUCAGAAUGAUAUUCCUCAGAUUCAAGCGCCUCCUCUGGACUCGUUGACCCCAAAUUCGACUACUGCUAACAACCUCACCAGUGGCCCUCCCUUUGGAUUAAUAUCCGACAUGCCAUUGAUCUUGCCCCCUCCAUCAACUCCCCCACAGACCCCACAUGCAACUGAUGUUCGUCUGCCUGCAGUUCCCGACGAGGCAACCGGUCCAGCGGGUCCAGAAUUGGACAUAGCGGUACUUUUUCCUUCUAACCGUCGCCGACGUACAAAGACAGCUCGGUCAUCUGUAGUAAGCGAGGAGAUGCCUCCUCCAGAAGAAACUCGCCGACGUACAAAGACAGCUCGGUCGUCUGUAGUAAGCGAGGAGAUGCCUCCUCCAGAAGAAACUCGCCAGCGCCGUGCGCGCAAUGUUACUUUCAAUAGACGCGAACUUGACAACGCCAUCGGUACUGUUACGGACUAG